AUUUAUAUAAAAGCGGCAUAGUAUCGUCAUAUUUCCGAGAGCAGAAAUCAGCUGGCCAUCGGCAAUAUAAACAAAGAAGAUUCAUCAAGAAUGCAGACCAUUUACGUGAAACAAGCGCAUGUGCUAAUGUAUGUACAGCGCUUAUGUGUCCUGUGCAAGCAUGGAAUACCAAAAACUUCUCAGCUCAUUAUUACUGCAAAUGUUAAUGGAAAGUCAGAUAUAAAUAAUAGACACUAUAGUCAAAUAACUGAUAACCAUGUCAGACCACCAAAAAAGGACAAACUAGAUGAUUUCGUUUAUAAUUUAAGAAGUGCAAAAACUUACAAAAAAACAAAUAAAUGGAAGCCCAUUGCAAAAGAGACUAAACAUUUGAAAGUCAAUAAUUACAUAAAAACAGGAAAAGUUAACUCAUCAGACAGCAAUAAGAGAGUAGCCAAUCAUCAACAAGCACCAUAUAAUGAUAAGGAAAUAGAGAAGCAAGAUGCUCAGAAUGAAACUUCUUUAGAUCUUGCCGGUAUUCAGUCUUCUGUAGGAGAUUAUAAUUUGAAGAAAAAGAAAAGCACUGAAGAUCAGGAACAAUGUCCUGAUUCUACAACAUUGGUCCAAGAGCACAAACUACCAAAACAAGCUCCAUUAGAAUUACAGAACAGACUUAAAGAGAUAUAUAUCCAAGUACCGGUACCUCAAAAGAAACCCAAGAGUAUAAGCAAAGCUGAAGAAUCAUUUCUACUUGAAAUGAUAUAUCUUAAGGAAAUGAGAAAAACCCUUUCUGUAGUGGAAGAAUAUGUAAGAAACGAACAAUAUCCAUCUUUUGCUAUAUUGAGACAAUUAUGUGCAUGGGCCUCUGUUGAAGGGGCAAUAGACGAUGUGAAGAGAAUCAAAGAUAUGACUCGAAAUAGGUAUCCCAGGCAGUACAAAUCUCAUUUGUAUUUUGAUACCUAUUUUGCAAGUGCCUUGUAUUGUGAAGGAAAACUGAGAGAAAGCUUGGAUGUUCUUUAUAAACUUUUUGUUGAUCAUCCCAAACAAAUUAAGAAGACAAAAGAUACAGCUGCAUUUAUACUUCCAAAGGUGAUGGCAACGGGUGACGAAAACCAGGAGAAAUUGGCUCUCUCCUUUGUCACAAAUUUAGCAAAAGAGCAUAGUCAGCUAGGACCAGCCUUGUCACUAUGGCGAGCAGGAUUCUGCAGCCCAAGACAUCGUCAUCAUGUGAUGGUUGAUAAUUUGCUAGAACAGCAUCCCGAUUUAAUUGAACAUUUACAUAGAAAAUUAACAAGUGUAAUAAAUGAAGCAUCUUCAAAAGGAGAUAAAGAUCUUUUGCACAGAACACUGCAGCUAGUACUCUACCACAAUAUUCCUGACUUUUAUGCUCCUGCAACCAGCGCCUUAUUACAACAUCAGUGCGAGUUAGGUGAUCUCACAGGAGCUGACGAGACCCUCAGAUUUGCACAAACCAUGAAAGUGUGGCUGAAGCCUGAUGAACUACAGAGGUUCCUGAACCUUCUGAACCAUCACAAACGACCAGCUCCACUCACGGUCCUUAGGCUGAAGUACGGCCGGGCACCUCCAGAACCUCUGUCAGUGCCCAGAGCACCUAAGUUUGAGUAUAAAUUCUAACAGUGAUAUACAGGUAAUGUUUAAGCAAUUGUUUUUCUUCUUUUCCUUUCUUAUCUUCAAUGUUGGUGAAUAUAAGGUUUGAAGAAUAAUGUUACUCUUUCUGACAUUGCCAAAUGUUAUUUUUUUAUUUCUGUAAUUAUUGUUGAUUGGUUAUGUUUGUUCAUUUUUAUUAUUUUUAAUUGUGGCUAUUAUCCUCUUUUUUAUUAUUAUUGAUGAUAUAAUAUGAAUUCAUUUUAUUGUAUGUAUUGGCUUCUUCAGAAGAAAUUAAAUACUACUGAAAGUAAGGUUUUAGUGUCUUUUCUUGUUAAAUUGUUAUAGUUAUAUAUAUACUUCUUAAAAAUGUAUCAAUAGCAGUAGAAUAUCUAUAUUUUUAUUCAAAUAUUAUAAAGAUCACAUGCAUUGUUUCAAAAAUCACUAAUAUGCUUUUUUAUUAGUAAAAGAG